GGAAAUUAAGUCAUUCAACAAAUUUAUUCAUUUAAGAAAAUUUAAUCUAAAAUAAAAUAAAAAUGGAUGAAUAUGGUAAUCCUAUACCUGGUCCAUCUAAUGGAUUUGAAAAUGAAAGUAAUUUGAAAUCAACUGUUGAUUGUGAUUUUAUUUGGUUAGAAAAUGAGUUCAAUAAUGAUGAUACCAAAGAAGUUAUACAAAGUUUUUCUAGUGAAGUUCAAAAUUCAAAUAAUAGUUGCUAUACAAAUGAAAUUGAAUCCAAUCCCAGAAAUAAUAUAAUUGAAGAUUUUUUUGAAGAAAUUAAAGGUAUUGAUUUAGAUAAAAAUUCUAUUAUUGUACAAAGAAAUGAUGAUAUUCUUAUAGAGUUAUUAGAACGAUGUAAUAGUUUUAUUGAUAUUGUUAGUCGUAAUAUAGUUUCUCUAGAAUAUAUGAUGGAAGAAGUUAAAAAAAAUAUUGAAAUUUCAAAAGAAAAUGCCCAUAAGGCACAUAAAUGUAUUUUAUUUGAAAAUAAGUCUAUGUAUAAUACAAAAAUGGCAAAUUUGAAAAAAAAAGCCCAUCUAGCAAAUUUUUUUAAAAUUGGUUUAUCAAACUGUCCACCUAAUCCUCAUCUUGGUGAACUUUAUGAUAAUGGAAGGUUGCUACUAUCUUACAAUGGUCGUUUUAUACUUGAAGAAUGUGUUGAAUCAAAUUUAUGGAACCAAGAAUUUAAAAAUAAAUUAGAACAAGCUAUCCAUGAAGAAGUAUUAAAUAAAUUAAAAGUACCUAUGCUUGAACAACAUGCACGUCUUGGCAAAGAACGAGAAAGUCAAAAUGAUAUACUAAUUAAACAUAAAAUUGAACUUGAAAUGUCAAAUAUUCAAAAGGAAUUAGAGACUAUAUCAAAUACUCCUUUUCAACGUUUGGUUUUUCAAUUUAUGGAUUCAAAUACGGAGUAUGAUUGGUUACACAUUGCUAAAAUGAUUGAUAAACCUUAUUUACAAUGUCAAAGGUUUUGGAAUCUUCUGUUAAAACCUCAUAUAUCUAGAAAUAAAUGGACUAAAGAUGAAGAUGAAAAAUUAAUUGAAAUUGCUACAAAGUAUGGAGAAAAAAAUUGGCAGCAAAUAGCUGAGGAGUUGGGUAUUAACCGUAAUGAGUUACAAUGUUUUGUUCAUUUUCAAAAAUAUAAGAAAAUGCUAAAUAAAAAAGGUAAAUGGUCAAAACAAGAAGACCAAAAGCUUAUGGAAAUUAUCAAAGAAAACUCUAUUGAUAAUUUAAUCAAUUGGCAAAGAGUUUAUUUUGCUAUGCAUGACGAAGGCAGAACUGUUGAUCAAAUUUAUAACAGAUGGAUGUGCUGUUUGAAACCUGGAAUUAAGAAAGGAUAUUUGACAGAAAGUGAAAAAUUAAUAAUUAAAAAAGCUCAUGAAAAAAACUUGCCACCGUCAGUAGUAUCAAUGAAUCUAAUUAAUCGAACAACUUCACAAGUUCGAAAUGCUUACCAACGAAUUAUUUUAUAUAAUGAAAAUACUUUAAGAGGUGGUUGGUUGCCUGAAGAAGAUAAAAUAUUAGUACGAGCUGUUAAUAAUUAUGCACAUAAUGAAUUUACUUGGUCACAAGUGUCUAAACAAGUACCUGGACGUAAUCCAGAACAAUGUCGCCAUAGGUACAAAAUAAUUGAAAAAACAGUUCAAGAUGAUCAUAAAAUUACUGUUAAUAACUAUCCACGCUCUAGAGCAUCAUUCAAGAUAAAAAAACCGUUCUCUAAAUUUAAUGAAGAAUCAUUUAAAGAUAAUGAUUUAUUGGAUGAUUUUAGACAAAAUCGCCAAAUGCAAAAAUUGUCUAAUGAUUCUAUUGAAUCAGAUGCUGAUCGAAAGUUGAAAAAAUCAUUUUUGGAUAAUGUCUAUGUUACAAAUCAUUGUAAUUUGUCUAGUAAAUGUGAACUUUUUAAAUAUGUGCUCGAUUAUCUUGGAGCUGAUUUGAUUGUACCACUACAGUUUGUCCAUAAAGAUGAUUUGAUUGAUGAAGGACUUAUGAGUAUGAUGGCUUAUCUCAAAGAAUGUUCUAAUGAAGCAUUAACAUUAGAUUCCAGAAAUUUCGAACAAGAAAGUACAAGUGAUCUUGAAUUUACUUAUGAAGGAGUUGACGGUGUAUUGAGAACAAGUGAUAUUAUAAAUUCUGAUUUAAGUGAAGUGAAUGGUUUAUUCGAUAUUAGAAUGAAAAAUAUUGAUCAUAAAUCAAAGAGUAUUAAGACUACAAACACAGUUUCUUCAAAAGUUCAAAAUCACCCAUUACCAUUAUACUUCAUGGGUUCUGUUCCACCAAAUUUUGAAACUUUUAGAAUGUUAAGUACUUUUAUGAAAUGUCUUUCUAUUAGCAUAAAAAAACAUGUUAUUUAUAAUUCUCAUGUUAAUUUUGAUUGGGAUAAUGAAGAAUCAAAAAAAUUACAUCAACGUCUAGUGGCCAUUUUUAGAUGGCCAGCUAUAUUUUCAGGAACAGUAAAUUAUAAUGCUGCGAAAAUAAAUAUAUUAGUCCAUGCUAAACAGACCAUAGACUCAAGUAAUUCAACAAUCUCUUACUAUAAUUCCAAAAAGAAAAAACCCCAUUUCAAUUUGAAACAAUGUUUUUAAGAUAUAUAUUCUCAAAUAAUUUGCACACAAAAAAUACGAAUAAUACAAAUGAUCUCCGACCGGUUAUUACUCAUAAUUAGGAAUAGAAUAACAGAAUAGAAUAACUAUAAAUAGUAUAAAUAUUAAAUUAUGAUAGAGGAUAGACAUUAUCAAAUAAUAUAGACAGUACACACCUUAUGUGCAAUGUACGUAUUUGUUACUGUCUACGUUGACCAACAACUAGCAAGGUUA